AUGCCGCCUGAAGGAAUCACUGUUCUCCCCACUCUUCACAUCUGUGCUGGAGGCCGGGUGGCUGCAGGCUGCCACGGGCGCCUGCGGCCGCUGCCGGGGAAAACACGUCCGUGGUGCCUCGGCAAGAGGCAGCGUGCGCUUGGCGUCGGCGUAGAGGGAAAGGGCGCUGAAAGCAUGCCUCGCACCCUCGGAAGCCACGCAGGCCUAAAACACCCACGGCCAGACGGUAGCCUCUUACUUAGUUACCGUGCAAUUUUUCCUUAUCUUGGACUUCAGAUAAUUACACUAUCAGAUCUGGAAUGUGACUACAUUAACGCUAGAUCAUGCUGCUCAAAACUCAAUAAAUGGGUGGUCCCUGAGGUGAUUGGCCAUGCUGUUGUAACUGUAUUAAUGCUUAUUUCAUUGCACUGGUUCAUCUUUCUCCUUAAUUUGCCAGUAGCAACAUGGAAUAUAUAUAGGUACAUUAUGGUGCCAAGUGGAAACAUGGGGGUAUUCGAUCCCACAGAGAUCCAUAACCGAGGACAACUGAAGUCACACAUGAAAGAAGCCAUGAUUAAACUAGGCUUUCAUCUGCUCUGUUUCUUCAUGUACCUUUACAGUAUGAUUCUGGCUUUGAUAAAUGAUUGAGAAGUUGAAAAAGAACCAUUAGCUGCCAAAUUGGGUCAUCACUCCAGUGACUGGUUGUGGAGCCACAGACACCUUCCGAACAUACCUAAUCAGUGUCAUCAUGCAGUAUAUUUUUCCUCUUUGAACAAGAAAUAUUUUUCUGUAUUUUUAACAUAAAAUAUUUUCAAAAGACAUUGGA